UGCCCGCCCCCUCGGGCUCUGAGUGACAGCUCUCGGGACAGCGAAUGGUUAAACGGGGCUCCGCCGGUCCGAGCGGGCUGGGUGAGCCGAGCCGAGGCGCCGCUCCGGUCGCCAGAGCCGAGUGAUGUGGCUGAUAGUUGAAAAGACCACUGACUACCCUUCCACUGAGUAUUCUCUGGUGGAGGAUGUUGCCCUCCACUUUACUUGUUUGAUGGACAGACUGAAUGAGCAGCGCCUGUUUCAACCAGACCUGUGUGAUGUAGACAUUGUAUUAGUGCGCCAGAAGAACACGUUCCCUGCUCACAAAGGGGUGCUCGCAGCCUACAGCCAGUUCUUUCACUCCCUCUUCACACAAAACAAGCAGCUUCAACGUGUCGAACUUUCGCUCGAAGCUUUAACGUCUCAAGGGUUUCAGCAAAUCCUUAACUUUAUCUACACUUCAAAACUGCUGGUAAACGCCUGCAAUGUGCAGGAUGUGCUGAAUGCUGCUGCAGUUCUGCAGAUGAAUGAUAUUGCCACUUCUUGUCAGGAAUUAAUAGAUAGCCGGUCUUUAAACUUGACAACGGUGGCUAGCGAUAUGUCAAAACAGGAAAGCCGCAGCAAUCCCCUCGGCUCUCAGUUUUACCGUGAGAUCAAGCAGGAGGUGGAUUCGCACCCAAAAAUCUAUGCUCGAGAGGGCAACAAUCCAUACUCAGUGCGUGUGGAGGACAACACUGGGAAACAGCACUCGCCAAUUCAGCCAAAACAACAGUAUUAUAAGGAGGAGAACGAUGACCAAACAGUGUGCAAGAUUGAGGGAGAUACUGAGCAGUUGGAUGAUGAUUCAGACAGUAGGGGCUCGUACAACAGGGAACAGAUUAUCGUGGAAGUUAACCUUAACAACCAGACACUGAAUGUUUCUAAAGGGGCUGAGGGUAUGUCUUCACCUUCAGAGGCUACGGCUGUUUUAGGUAGGUGCCCUGAAGAUGAAGAGGAGGACGAUGAAGAGGAUGAUGACGAUGAUGAUGAGGACGAGGAGGAGGAUGAUGAUGACGAUGCUGAUGAUGGAGAUGAAGAGGAGGAUGAAGAAGAUGUUAGUGAAGAAGAGGAGGAGGAAGUUGAAGAGAGUGAUGAAGAUGUCAAUGAAGGUGAUAAUAACCCUGAUACUCCAGAAGUUAAAACUGAAAGUGGGCAAACAACGCGAAGAAGAGCAAGAGCCUCAACUGCUUCCAAAGGCUCAACUCCUGCAGCUCCCAGCAGGUCACGGAGACAGUCCAAACAGGAAGUGAGCACGCGAGGUCGGAAGCGAAAGAAGGAUUCUGAUGGCUCAAAUCAGAAGGUGAAAAUUGAAGAGAAACAGCACUUCCCCUGCAAAAAGUGUCCCCGGGUCUUCAAUAACCGCUGGUACCUAGAGAAGCACAUGAAUGUCACACACAGCCGCAUGCAGAUCUGUGAUAAGUGUGGCAAGCGAUUUGUACUGGAAAGUGAGCUAUCACUGCAUCACCAGACUGACUGUGAGAAAAGUAUUCAGUGUGUCACCUGCGGGAAGGGGUUUAAGAAGCUCUGGUCACUUCAUGAACACAAUAAAAUUGUACACGGUUAUGCAGAGAAAAAAUUCUCGUGUGAAAUCUGUGAAAAGAAAUUUUACACAAUGGCCCACGUCAGAAAACACAUGGUCGCUCACACGAAGGAUAUGCCCUUCACCUGCGAGACUUGUGGGAAGUCAUUUAAACGCAGUAUGUCACUGAAAGUCCACUCUCUGCAACAUUCGGGAGAGAAACCUUUCAAAUGUGAGAACUGCAAUGAAAGAUUCCAGUACAAGUAUCAGUUGCGCUCUCAUAUGAGCAUCCACAUCGGACACAAGCAGUUCAUGUGCCAAUGGUGCGGCAAGGAUUUUAACAUGAAGCAGUAUUUCGAUGAACAUAUGAAGACGCACACUGGGGAGAAGCCAUACAUCUGUGAAAUCUGUGGCAAGAGCUUCACCAGUCGGCCAAACAUGAAACGGCAUCGCCGGACGCACACAGGCGAGAAGCCAUACCCAUGCGAUGUCUGCGGCCAGCGCUUCCGCUUCUCCAACAUGCUCAAGGCGCACAAGGAGAAGUGUUUCCGGGUCACCAACCCCAUCACCGCAGACAGCAACCCCCUGAGCCUCACCUCCGGCACACCUCCCAACUCCAGCAACCCCCUCAUCUCCCAUCCCCAGUCGCACCCUCACUCCCUCCCUCCAACUCUCCUCCACUCCCUCCCUCCAACUCUCCCCCCUCCCCCGCACCUCCCGCCACCACCUCCCCUCUUUCCAGCUGGACGAAUAAACGCCAACAACAAUUGAACGGCUCUGGGGGGGCGUUUUCACUCUCCAAACGAAAGAAGAAGAGACAAACGACUGUAGCAAACAGUCAGAAGCGCGCACGGAGUGUGACGCUGAAUAUAUUCUGUUACCUGGAAGGAAUAUAACCAAAGGGGGCAUACUUAACGGAUGGGGACUAAGAGUCAAACAACCUUAAACAACCUUGGAAAAGAUCAUGAUUUAUGUAACAAAAAACUAUUUUGGUGUAUUAUUUACAGUAAGGAUGUAGACAAAGGAUUUUUGUUUUUUUAAUGUCAUAUAGGACUAAAGGCUAUUACCAAGUAGUCUGAACUACUCUUAAAGGCAUCCAUAGACUUAAACCGCUCUCACUAAAACAGACUUUUGUGUUAGCAUUUUUGAACGCAAAUAUCCCUGCAGCAUAUAAUGCAAGAAGGACGUGUACAGAUUUAAUGCAGAGUGCAAAUAGAGAGCAAAGAAGCCCCUCAUAAAUGUGUUCAUGAUAUACUUAACAAGCAAGGUAAUGUGGGAUUCUACCCCUUCCCAUGCCCCCCUCCCCGCCUCCCCCCAUCUUUUUGAGUCUCUAAACUGUAACCUGCUAUUUUUUUAACAAGUGUUUAGUUAAGUAAAGCAAGCUGUGCUUGUGUGUAGCAAGUUUAACCAUUUACUGCGGCGCGCCUAAUAGACUUGACGUUUUAACAGCCAUUGUCGUGUCCAGUGAGCGAACCAGAACAGUGUUUAUUUUACCAUGGACUGCAUGGCUUACCACAGAAGCGACUGAGGUGAGAGGAUAAGAAUCAAUGGAACCGAGGGGCUCCAGCUUGUGGCCAAUUACAGAAACCAAAGAGGGGAAGACUGAUGAGAUCAGUCACAGUAAGUAGGACUUCUCUCUCAGGCAGUUUGGAGCCUGGGCGUAGGGACCUAGGUGGAUUGUAAAAAAAGCUGCUUCCCUCCACCACCCACCCCAGUUCACCUUUACUGUCUGUUUUGCCUCCAAAUUUGUGGACAUCUUUGGGGGAACCUUUGUUUCUUUCUUUGGAGGACCAAGUUAGCACUUGAUGAUCACAAACACUGUGGCUUUUAAUAGGAAAGCAGAGUUAAUAAAUGCAGAGACAAACUUUUUCUUUUAACAUUUGAAGUGCAGUGGAAGGCCAGACUCUUCCGAUUGUUCUUACAGAACUGACUAGGAGAGUUUGAAGCCUAAUAGUUGUAAUGCAACUGGGUAGCGUUGUUCUGGAGGAAAUGGAGCAAUUCUGCACUGCGCUAAACAUGAACGUGUGUGUUGGACAGGUCUGAAAAACAGGUCGCAGUAGAAGUCAGGCAAGGCGCAUCAGGGUGUUAAAAUCUCAGCAACACGAAAUAUUGGAAAAUGUGAUGCUUAAAGUUGCAGCUGGUGUAAGGGCUUUUGUUCUGUUCUGUUCAUUGGCCUUAAACCUUUGAAGAUCCGGGGGAAAAGAAAGACAAGGAGAUGAAGCUCUCUUGCAAAUGGUAGCCUUAAAGGACUCAAAUACACAGUUGCAAAGUUUGGGUAGGCAAUGUUGCAGUAACAUUAGAUAUAGUUGCACAGCACAGAGAUGUUUCUAUCCCUCUUCCUGCUACCAUCAUCAAAUGUAGCUGAAAUUCAGUCGUCUGAACGAUCUGAUGGGUUUAGAUAUAAAGUCUGAUCAAAUUAAGUGUGACAUGGUGCCAGAAUUGGAGCUUCUCUUUUGUGUCUGGAGCUAAGGGACAAUAGGCAGAGCAGCUACGUCAGUAGCCCACACUCUGCCUGACGUAAGAAUUUCAAUGCAUAAUUCAAUGAGUGUUUCAGAUAGUGCCUUCGUCAUUACACUGCUAAUCUAGGAUUAAAAUCUCCUUGAUUGAUUUCCCACUGACCAAGGGCCUUUUUUUUUUUUAUUGGCAAAGAUCCAGUACAAUUGUGACCCAGCUUACACAAGCAAGAGAACACUUGUGUUUGAGGGUUGACAGGGGCCAGAUCCUGGCUGAGAUUUUGAUGAGCAAAUCCUUCCAGCAACUGUUCAGGGUGGGCUGGACAACGAAUCCAGGGGUAUUAACUGCAUUGCUGCAGCAUCCUUCCUUUCACACACAGUCCAAUUUGCCUGCAAUACCUUGACUUCAAAAAUGGUGUGCCUCUGAAAGGUGCACAUUUGUAAGAAGGAUCAAGGGAGGAGGACAGGGAGGUUCCUUCCAUUGGUGGACCUGAUACCGCUGCUGCUUCAAAUACCUUACCAGAAAUUCUUGUACUUGGCCCAGCUCUCUGGUUGUGGGGGCUUUUCAUGUGUAGCUCUUUCAGAGCAGUCCCCCAAAACCGAACCAUUUCCACAUGCUGCCGUUUUAAUCUACUUCUGUUCUAUUGGACUCAUAGAUACUGGCAUCCCUUUAAACUUGAACACUAAUCUAGAUUUUAAAGCAUUAUUAAGAGGAGAGUUGUGGGCAAUCUCGCUUACGUUUUGAGGCCCAAAUUACUUCCUUUGGGGCCUGCAAGAGGCCUUAGUUUUCAGAAUGACAUUGAGUUGAAUCAGGUGUACACUACACUACAUCCCUGCCACAAGAUAAUCCAUGUGCAAUUAUUAAAUCUACCCACCCUUAAGACCAACCAAGUGGGUCAUGAAGCAGGAUUUAAAAAACAACAGACGUUCAAUUGAAAUAAUUGAUCAGGAAUAAUUAUUCAAUUUAAUUGAUGUACUUAUCGGCUGCUUUAACAAUAUAAAUCAUUAUUUUGCACCAGGUAGUGGGGGAAGAAAUUCUCUGUUUCUGAAUUGCAGAUUUUAGAGGAAUCAUUACUACAUUUAAUGGUAAGUAACAGCAGAGCAAAGUAUGUUUGCAAGUGCACUGUUAAGUCUCGCGCUAUUUUUUGUCACAGAAUUUAACGUGCAGUAUUUGUCAUUGUACAGAGAUGAGGAAAAUGUCAGUUAAGCAUCACAGUAUUUUUAAUGUGCUCUUAUCGGAUACAGAGUUUAAAAUAUUAAAUAAAAUAAAAAGUUGAUUAUUGUAAAGACAUAGGACUUUUUUAAUAUUAAAUGUUUUUGAUACUUUCGAAUUCUGCCUAUUUUGCUCAUCAAAGAGAAAAAGAACGACUGCACCUUUAAGCAAUAGCAAAUCCAUGGGAUGGGCAUCCUGAUGUUUAUUUUCAGUAUUGAUAAUUCAGCGCUUUUUGCCAACUUUUAAUUGAAAUUUAGUGUUCUAACAUAGGAGCCCUCGGCUGUUCGUCAGCACAUAAAUUUGCUAAAUCUCUCAGUUGCAGCAGUGCAGUGCGAGGUAGUGGGGUGCUGGCCUAUUGUGGGAGCCACACUAUGACUGCAAAUUUUCCUCAAGUUUGCCAUUCAGGACAAAGCUAUGAUCGAAGGGAUUAGUUGAGGUCCUUUGCACAAAAUGGUACAAUGUGAAUCAUUUGUUUUCUCUGUCCCUUUUCCUUCAGAUACUGGAAUUUAAUUUGUAUGGAACUUUGAUCUUUCAUAAUAUAUAAUAAGUAUAUAUAUAUAUAAUAUUCACAAACUUAAUAGGCUUCAGCCAGACAGAGUGUGGAGAGAUUCUGUGCUUCCUUUAAUAGCUUUCACCUCUUUAUUGAAUUUUUAAAUUCCCUGCGAUAUAAAAUAUCUCUUCCUUUUAGCAUUUUUCAAAAUUUUUUGACAAAAUUAUCCCAAAGAAAGUAAAAAAUGGCCAUUGGCCACUACAAGGCAAAAGAAAACCUAUGCACGCAAAUUAUGCAUUGUACGCAAGUACAGUCUAUCAAAUGCAGCUGUGAGAGUCUCAAUUGACUCCUUUGAGAGGAUUUCAUUGACUUUUUCAGAGGCGCUACCUGUGAGCAUCACAUUUUUGCCACAAGUGAUUAUUUAAAACUAAUUUAAGCACUAGUUCCAAUUGCAACAACUUCCGGAACCCAUCCCACUUGUUGGAGGCUGUAUAUUCAUUCCAUUCAUUAUGAAAGUACUUCAUGCUGGUGUGCUUUGGCCUGGCAAACUCCUGAGGCUAUAUUGAGUAAAGGUUUGAUCUCCAUCUAUGUACAUUGAGGUGUUUUUUUUAUAUAAUACAUUCAAAGGCUGUUGUUAUGUUCAGAGUUUGAAUAGGAGGGGUUAACCACAAACAAGGUUAACGUUGAAUUGGAGCCUUUUAACCCUUUGUUGACAUCCUUAACUCGCAGUGAAUGUUACUUUUGCUGUACAAAAUAAAAUCAUGGGUGAAUUGAUUCAUAAGCUUCGUUUAGGUAAGCUGUAUUUACAAUGAAAUCUUGCACCUUAUCCCUAAUACUCCUUCCUCCAAAGGACCACAGAUGAGGGGGAAAAGAAACACUGCUUCAUACUGUAGUUAUUCCACUAUCUUGCGGAGAGAUUUUCUUUUGAAGCGAGAUUGUAUUGAUGUAGAUGGCUGCGUAGUACUGCCUCAUUCAGGUAGUGUUGUACAGCUUGUUGAAUAGGGGGAAAUGCUACAGUUAAUAUUCGGUGGAUAUAAGGCCAAAAUUUAGCUUGGCCCAUUUAGUAAAGCAUUAGGUUUAAGAAAAAAAAUUAAAAUCAAAUUUGUGUAUCAGUCAUAAGUAUGUUAAUUCUAUAUUUUACUACAUAAACACAACGUCUUAGUUAUCUUGUGUACAUAGCAUUAAUGUAGAAUGUUGUAGUCUUGUGGUUUAAAGGAAGAUUAUGUCCAUAGGUGCUACAAUUAACAGUCUAUAUCUGUCAUUUAUGUAUUGCUUAGUGUAUAGUGUAGUCAGGAUUUGCUGUCUAAUUCCUGAAAAAUAAAUUCUUUCAUUAUAAUAAAA